CUACGAAAACCUGUAUUCAUUGCACCUGUAAGCAAGUGCGUUUAAUUCGAUAGGGUCAAGAUGGAAGCACAGUUCCUCUUGUCAUUCGCUGGAAUCUGUAUCGCAAUUACCAGUACAGAGAAAGUGGCUCCCAAGCUGCAACCGUUUCAUUUUCGGAAGACCACCAAACCGGGAGACAUUGUGAAGACGACUUGUGUGGCGGAAGCUGGCGAUCCACCUCUGACGUUUUCCUGGCUCAGAAACGGCCUCGACAUAUCUUCGCUGAAAAAUAUUCAGGUCAAAACGCACGGAGACGUCUCGCUGCUGACCAUCACACCCGUAGACGCGGCCAGCGCGGGAAACUUCACUUGCAUCGUCAAAAAUCGAGCGGGAUUUGACAGUUUCACAUCACUGCUGGAAGUUGAAGCCCCACCAGAAUGGAAGAAGGAGCCGAGUGACAAAACCGGCGUUCUCGGAAGUUCCGUAGACAUGGAUUGUUCCGCCACAGGAUCACCAGCCCCGAAGAUCAUCUGGCAACGUGUCAAAGAUAACUCUGCAGAACGACCCAUCGACGUGAUGUUGCAAGGUCGAGCCGUCGUCUACCAAAAUGGCACACUGGGCUUCCACGAGCUUGAAGUGGAGGACAGCGGAAGCUACACUUGCACCGCCGACAAUGGUGUGGCGCCGGUUCUCAAGAAGACCGUCUCGUUGAAGAUCCACGCAACGCUCGACGAUAUGUGGCGCAGCCUGUCCGAGACUCAGGUCUAUGUCGGCGUCCCUGCCUAA